AAUCCAUCGCCGCCUGCUCGGCUCGGCUCAUCAUUCUCAUUCGCUCUCUCUGUUUUCGUCCUCAAGAAUGCCGAUCCUGACGCCCCAUCAACCGGCUGCAAAUUCCCCAGAUCCCAAGGCUCUCAUCCCGGGGCUCCCGACGACGUAGCGGAGCUCUGCCUCGUUCACCUACCCUACCCAUAUCAGGCUCUGGCCCGCUCCGUGUCCUCUUCCUGGAACAGAGUCCUCCGAGACCCCGGCUUCCUCCUCUCCAGGACGUCCCUCUCCCUCUCCCUCCCUUUCCUCUUCGUCUUCGCCUUCCACGAGACCACCUCCAGGAUCCAGUGGCAAGCCCUCGACCCCCGCUCGGGUCGCUGGUUCGUCCUGCCCCCCAUGCCCUGCCCCAAGUCCGCCUUCCCGCCCGCCUUCGCCUGCGCCGCCAUGCCCCGCCAGGGCAAGCUGUUCGUCCUCGGCGGCAUGCGCUCCGACACCGAGUCCCCCAUGCGGACCGCCGUCGUCUACCAGGCCUCCACCAACCAGUGGUCCACCCUGCCCCCGAUGCGGAACCCGCGGGCGUUCUUCGCGACCGGGGUCGUCGGCGAGGGCGGCGGCGGCGGGGGGAGGAUCGUGGUCGCCGGCGGGAGCGGCCCGGACCUGUCCAGCUCGACGGCGGCCGUGGAGUGCUACGACCCGAGGGAGGACGCGUGGCGGGAGGCGGCGGGGAUGGUGGGGAAGGGGAUGGUGAGGUACGACUCGGCGGUGGUGGCGGGGAGGAUGUACGUGACGGAGGGGUGGACGUGGCCGUUCAUGUUCACGCCGAGGGGGUCGGCGUACGACGCGGAGGGGGACAGGUGGCGGGAGAUGGGGGUGGGGAUGAGGGGGUGGACGGGGCUGAGCGUGGUGGUCGGAGAGCGGCUGUUCGUGAUAUCGGAGCACGGGGACCACCAGCUGAAGGUGUACGACCCCGAGGAGGACACGUGGAGGUACGUGGGAGGGGAUAAAUUCCCCUGCGAGAAGGUGCACAAGCCUUUCGCUGCGAGCGCCGUGGAGGAGAAAGAGGAGGCGCUGGAAGGGGUGAUCUACGUGGUGGGGAGCGGGCUCCACGUGGGGGUCGGCCGGGUUCGGGUCGGCGAGGACGGCGGGUUUUGGGUGGAGUGGCGAGUGCUGGCUGCUCCCGAAGCUUUUCAGGAUCUGUCUCCUUGUAAUUGUCAGGUGCUUUACGCCUGAACCCCAAGAUGAUUCUAAAAUGAAUAAAGUUGGUUUAAAUUAUAUUAUGUUGCGUGUCGCUACUCUGUGAUCAAUAAUUUAAAGCCAGGUGGAUACCUCCUCUUUGUUUUUCUA